AUGCCCAAGGAAACGCAGGACAGCAACGGGGUCGCAUUCUACAACCCAGAGGAUGAGGACUUGUCAGAAGCAGACCCUAUCCAAGCUGCCGCCACCUCCCCGCCAAGGCCGUUGACACUCAACAUGGCCAAGAAUGACACUGUCGAGCAGUUGAGGAAAUGUACGCUGCGCCAAGUCGACAGCGAGAUUUUUGACGACGACGGCAGCUUUUCAAGAUACGCUCAAAGCCCCUCUGGCUCCAACCACGCCGUUUCGCAGCCCUUCGAAAUGUCUGGCGAGCUGUCGAAUCGUGCUCGCCUCGAAUCAUCGAUGAAUGAGGGCACCCUAAGCCCACGAUCGACCAAUGGAAUUCUUCUGGAGGAUGAGACACCACGCGCCAAGUCCCCGCAACUGAUCGAGAUGCACACGUUCCGCGAUGCCAUUGAUGUCAACUAUCAGAGGAUGGCCAUUACGGGCGAGGAGUUGAGCGGGGUACCUCUGGAAGACCACAACGUCGCCUCCAAGGAGUUGAUCAAGGCCCUAGAAAUCGCGAGGAAUAUAUGCGGCGCAUUGGCAACUUCUUCCCCACCACCGUAUCCAAUUUCC